GUGGAGUCAACAAUCAAAUUUAUUUUAAAAUCGGUAGGAAUUGAGCUUUUACUUGUUGGCAGAUUUGUGACCACAACACUGUGCUCCUAUUUAAUUGUGUGAAGCCAUCCAUCUCUUUCCCUUCCUCCUCCUCUUUCUCCUUUGCCAUUUGCAUUCCUUAAUUCCUUCUUUCCUUGAUGAUCCAGCAAUUACUAAUUAGCUGAUAGGAACACCUCCACCAUCGCCACCAUUGCCAAAGACUUGCAAGCACCGGUCACACAUAUGCAUUGAUUGACUCCUCCAUUAACCCAUGCAUGUCUUGACAAAGCAGAGCCAACUCCCUCUCUCCCCUAAUUCAUUCUUCUCUUCUUCUUCUUCUUCUUCUUCUUCUUCUUCCUAUGGGCCUGAGGGAGACGUUCUCCGUGGAGUGCUCCUCCCUCGGCUUCUUCCUCCAGCCUCAAUGGCUCCAUCAUCUGCCGCCCUCCUCCGCUUCCUUCACGGCGGUGGAGCCCUGUGAAGCAGAGUGCUUGCCGCUGCUGAGCAAGCUCGAGGAGGCCGUAGAGAAGAACAUUAAAGAAGAGACUACUUACUGCUUCGACGAAGAAGACGUGGCCUUGAAUAUCGGUUUGCCUGGUGCUGCUGCUUCUGCUGCUGCUGCUGCUGUGGAUGAGGAGGAGGAGAAGAGCAGCUUGAUCUGUGAGAAAGAAGAGCAGAUGGUGAUCGUGAAGGAAGGAUUAGUAAUUGAUGGAUUAAGCAUAAGCAGUAGCAGCAGGUAUUGGAUCCCUACCCCAGCUCAAAUCCUCAUUGGCCCUGAACAGUUCGCUUGCUCUGUCUGCAACAAGACCUUCAAUAGGUAUAACAAUUUGCAGAUGCAUAUGUGGGGGCAUGGGCCGGAGUACAGGAAGGGGAGGGAGUCGCUGAAGGGAGUUGGGUCGUCGACGGAGGCGGCGGGGGCGGCGCUGAUGAAGUUGCCGUGCUACUGCUGCGCGGCGGGGUGCAAGAACAGCGCGGGGCACCCGCGGGGGCGGCCGCUGAAGGACUUCCGGACGCUGCAGACGCACUACAAGCGCAAGCACGUGGCGGCGCGCUGCUUCGGCUGCCGAAAGUGCGGCAAGCCCUUCGCGGUGCGCGGCGACUGGCGCACCCACGAGAAGAACUGCGGCCGCCUCUGGAGCUGCUCCUGCGGCUCCCGAUUCCGACACAAGCGAUCCCUCAACGAUCACGUCCGCUCCUUUGGCGCCGGCCACGACGCCACCGCCACCUUCACUACCACUACUGUCUCUGCUGCUGCUGCUGCUGCAAAUGGCGAUCGUGAUAUCAUAGAGAUUAACUCAUAAUCUAAAAUUAGUACGAUCGAUGGAGAGAAAGCAUCGAAUCAUAUAUAUAUAGUUUAUAAAUAGAGAGGAUCAAUCUGAAGGUGUGGGUGUUGGCUAUUAGAAUCUCGUGCUCAGGAACAAAAAAUUCUUGAGAGAAGGGAGUAGUUUGUUGCCGAGCAUGAGAGCUAAUUAAGAGAUGUAAUGGAUGGUAAUAAUUUUCAGUAUCGUUCCUGAAUAAGAGAAAUUAUUCUUG